AUGGCAGUCUAUGUGAGCAUUGCUCACGUGUGCUGCGCUUGUCGCGCUGUUCAGAGAGGGCAAACGCCUGAGUUGGAAGCCGCGAGAGAUGUCCGCCCGAAGGUUGUCUGGUCCCAUGUGAGAUGUCCAUGGGUGAGACGCCUGAAGUACAUCUACUCACCAUGUUUGACGGCGUUGCUUGUCUACUUGCUGAUCUGUCAGGAUGUUUAUCCAGGGCACAGAGGAGACUUCACGUGCUUCCCUUGCCGGUGUUCCGCUGGACGACUUCAAAGCUGUAGCUUGGCAGCGCAACUGCAGCAAGAGCAGCUUGUCAUUGCUGGUGUCACCAGCAUUGAGCCACAGGCAUUCAAACCUUUGGGUUGCCGCCUGUCGCGGUUGUCCCUAGCAAACAAUUCCAUAACAAGCUUGGAACCAAGAAGCUUUGAGCAUCUCCCUUGCUUACAGAUAUUGGAUAUCAGCCGGUCAAAACUCAGCACGCUGGCCAGGGACUCUUUCUACGGAUUGGAGCAGCUGGAAGUGCUCUCCCUCCAUGGGAACGAACUCCACAACAUCUCAGGAGACCAUUUAUCCCAUCUGCCAUCCCUUGAGAAGCUUCUGCUUGGAAGCAAGCCAGGCUGGGACAAUGCAACACUGACAGCUUACGAAUUGGAAGCCGGAAACUUGAUCAAGUUUCUGCCACCCCGACUAUUUGAAGGAAAUCCGCACUUGAACUAUUUCGACGUCAGUGGCAACAACAUCACCAAAGUUGACCGAGACACUUUCGUUGGAGCGACAAACUUGCAAGUCCUGGACCUCGGUCAGAACAGCCUGCGACAACUUCCUGAAGGACCGUGCGCCUUCUCAGUGCCAAGACUCUUUGCUGGUCUCUCGAGUCUCCAGAAAGUGUUCCUGAAUCACAACCAGCUCAGUGCACUUCCCGAUGGACUCUUUGCUGGUCUCUCGAGUCUUCAAAGUUUGGCGCUGAGCAACAACCAGCUCAGUGCACUUCCGGAAGGACUCUUUGCUGGUCUCUCGAGGCUCCAGACAGUGUCGCUGUAUCACAACCAUCUCAGUGCACUUCCCGAAGGACUCUUUGCUGGUCUCUCGAGGCUCCAGGUAGUGAUGCUAGAUCGCAACCAGAUCAGUGCACUUCCCGAAGGACUCUUUGCUGGUCUCUCCAGGCUCAACUCAGUGACGCUGUAUCACAACAACAUCAGUGCACUUCCCGAAGGACUCUUUGCUGGUCUCUCGAAGCUCCAGGACGUGUGGCUGCAUCACAACCACCUCGGGGCACUUCCCGAAGGACUCUUUGCUGGUCUCUCGGGGCUCCAGAACGUGUGGCUGCACAACAACCAUCUCAGUGCACUUCCCGAAGGACUCUUUGCUGGUCUCUGGAGUCUCCAGAAAGUGGGGCUGGGCGACAACCAGCUCAGUGCACUUCCCGAAGGACUCUUUGCUGGUCUCUCGAGUCUCCAGACAGUGUGGCUGCACAACAACCAGCUCAGUGCACUUCCCGCAGGACUCUUUGCCGGUCUCUGGAGUCUCCAGAACGUGUGGCUGGACGACAACCAGCUCAGUGCACUUCCCGAAGGACUCUUUGCUGGUCUCUCGAGUCUCCAGACAGUGUGGCUGCAAAACAACCAGCUCAGUGCACUUCCCGCAGGACUCUUUGCCGGUCUCUGGAGUCUUCAAGUUUUGGCGCUGGAAGACAACCAGCUCAGUGCACUUCCCGAUGGACUCUUUGCUAGUCUCUCGAGGCUCCAGAAAGUGUGGCUGGACAACAACCAGCUCAGUGCACUUCCCGAAGGACUCUUUGCUGGUCUCUCGAGGCUCCAGAAAGUGUUGCUGCACAACAACCAGCUCAGUGCACUUCCCGAAGGACUCUUUUCUGGUCUCUCGAGGCUCCAAGUGUUGGCGCUGCACAACAACCAUCUCAGUGCACUUCCCGAAGGACUCUUUGCUGGUCUCUCGAGGCUCCAGAACGUGUGGCUGCACAACAACCAGCUCAGUGCACUUCCCGAAGGACUCUUUGCUGGUCUCUCGAGGCUCCAGGAAGUGUGGCUGCACAACAACCAGCUCAGUGCACUUCCCGAAGGACUCUUUGCUGGUCUCUCGAGUCUCCAGAUAGUGUCGCUGGAUCACAACCAUCUCAGUGCACUUCCCGAAGGACUCUUUGCUGGUCUCUCGAGGCUCCAAGUGUUGGCGCUGCACAACAACCAUCUCAGUGCACUUCCCGAAGGACUCUUUGCUGGUCUCUGGAGUCUCCAGAAAGUGGGGCUGGGCAACAACCAGCUCAGCGCACUUCCCGAAGAACUCUUUUCUGGUCUCUCGAGGCUCCAGGAAGUCUGGCUGCACAACAACGGCCUCAGUGCACUUCCCGAUGGUCUCUUUGCUGGUCUCUCGAGUCUCCAGAAAGUGUUGCUGCACAACAACCAGCUCAGUGCACUUCCCGAAGGACUCUUUUCUGGUCUCUCGAGGCUCCAAGUGUUGGCGCUGCACAACAACCAUCUCAGUGCACUUCCCGAAGGACUCUUUGCUGGUCUCUGGAGUCUCCAGAAAGUGGGGCUGGGCAACAACCAGCUCAGCGCACUUCCCGAAGAACUCUUUUCUGGUCUCUCGAAGCUCCAGGAAGUGUGGCUCAAUUCCAACCAUCUCAGUGCACUUCCCGAUGGACUCUUUGCUGGUCUCUCGAGUCUUCAAAUUUUGGCGCUGAGCAACAACCAGCUCAGUGCACUUCCCGAAGGACUCUUUGCUGGUCUCUCGAGGCUCCAGAAAGUGUGGCUGGAUCAUAACAACAUCAGUGCACUUCCCGAAGGACUCUUUGCUGGUCUCUCGAGGCUCCAGGAAGUGUGGCUGCACAACAACAGCCUCAAGGAAGGCAGUGGCUGA